UAAUUCGCAGAUAUGGCAGAGGAAUACGAGGAUGGACCGGAGGAGAGUAGUGGCGUGACUGGCCCUGGGGCUCCAACGCCUAUCUUUGCUCUAGAGGGCCUUUCAGGCUUGACAAAGCGUGACUGUCAGCUUUUGGCUGAUGGAGGUUAUCAAACUGUCGAAGCAGUCGCCUACACACCAAGACGUACCUUAGAGCUGGUUAAAGGUAUAUCAGAACAAAAGGCACAGAAGGUCCUCGGAGAAGCAUCUAAAUUGGUUCCUAUGGGCUUCACAACCGCUACAGAAAUGCAUCAGCGGAGAAGCGAGCUGAUUUCUAUCACUACGGGAUCGAAGAACCUAGACACUCUACUGGCCGGUGGUGUCGAGACCGGCUCGGUGACAGAACUCUUCGGCGAGUUCCGUACCGGAAAAAGUCAGAUCUGCCAUACACUCGCAGUCACGUGCCAACUGCCCUUCGAUAUGGGCGGCGGCGAAGGCAAAUGUCUAUACAUCGACACGGAAGGCACAUUCAGACCAGUACGGCUCCUCGCCGUAGCCAAUCGUUACGGCCUAUCUGGCGAGGAAGUCCUCGACAACGUCGCCUACGCGCGAGCCUACAACUCCGACCACCAGCUGCAACUGCUAACCCAAGCCGCCACGAUGAUGUGCGAGACCCGGUUUUCCCUACUCAUCGUGGACAGCGCCACCUCCCUCUAUCGAACAGACUUCCUCGGUCGAGGAGAGCUCUCCUCUCGACAAACCCACUUAGCCAAGUUCAUGCGCACGCUACAAAGACUAGCGGAUGAAUUCGGCAUCGCCGUCGUCAUCACCAACCAGGUCGUAGCCCAAGUCGACGGCGGCCCAUCAGCAAUGUUCAACCCGGACCCCAAAAAGCCGAUCGGCGGCAACAUCAUCGCGCACGCCAGCACCACGCGAGUCAGUCUGAAGAAGGGUCGCGCCGAGACCCGUAUCGCCAAGAUCUACGACAGCCCCUGCUUGCCCGAAAGCGAUUGUCUGUUUGCGAUCAAAGAGGACGGCAUUGGGGACCCGGCGCCCAAGGACAUGGAUAAGGAAUAAUACUAUGUUAGGAUGUAGGCCGCCCCAGUGUUAAUAGGAUGGGCGGUCCUUAGUGUAGGCACCGUUUUGGGGGGAACGAAGGAAAUGACUACGGGAUAUGACUGACUGGGCUUCUAUAUAAGCGGCAUGCAUGGCUUUGGCGUUUCGAAAGGGGAUAACUGCAUGCUUGGAGCUUAUUUCUUCCUAUUUUUAUGCUUUAUUCCGUAGCAUUUGUAUUUUAAGGUUGACUUGCAGCCUUAGAUGUAAGUCAGCUUUACUCUAUGUAAUACACACAAUCAAACUUUCCAACGGUCUAGCCUAGCACUAGCUCUAGCAGCCUCGACCCGCCAACCAAGAAUGCCAUGGUAGAUCUAGCAGGGGUGGUGAUCCAGCUCGUGAUUAGCGCUGCGAUGAGCUGACGGCGGACGCCCAUCUGACCAAAGCGCCAGGUCAGUCCUACUAAGCUAUGUCUUUACAUAUAUAUA